AUGUCGUUGAAGCGUCGGCGAGAGCGUGACAGGCCAAAAGGUGGCCCAGACGACUCGUACGACCCGAACAAGCGUGUCCUUCUCAGCUACGCUUCGGACGGAGAUGAGGAAGAUGGCGAGGGUGCCACUGAGCAGCCACUGCAGCAGCCGUCGCAAAGCAACCAAGACCUCUCGACCUAUCAGAUGGACGAGUAUCCAGAGGAAGAGGGCGAUGUAGAGGUGGGUGCUGAGCGACCUCCCGAGAUGGGCAGGCAGAAGGACGUUCCCAAAGAUACGACGACCCAACGAGACGCGGAGGACAAGAACGCGAGCAAUCGACAGACCCAGCAAAGCAAGACAUCGAACAAAUGGGGCAACAAUGUCAAAAGAAACGAGAGAACCAACCAGUACCCUCAACUCGGACUGGUGUCUUUUCAGUGGGACAAUGAAGAUGAGGACGAGGACUACGACAGCACAACAGAAGAGGCCAUGGCAUAUCUUCGAGCCGUAAGAUCCGAGCGACAAGACUUGCCGGAGAUUUUGACAGCGCCUACCCAGAAGCCGAACACCAAGGCCAGCUCGUCACAGCUCGCCGACAUGCUGAAAGAAGAUACAGCUCACGCAGGAGCCCGGGUCACAGCUGCAUUGCGUCCUGUCCCAAAAGAUGACGACCAGUCACCACAGAAAGUCUACACCCGCCACAUCACAGAACGCUUCCUUGACCAACGCAGACAACUUCACUUACAGCCGACAGCCAAAGCUCUUGCUGAUCUUGACGAUAGCUAUCCCAUAUCCUUUCCGCAAGGUAACAACAAGGCAUGCGCAGAGUGGCAUCGUCUGCUUUCGUCAAAGGUACCCCGCCUUGCUCAACUGCAAUCACUCGAGCAAGAAACGGUAUUCGAUCUCCUGGAGCUCCUGCGGACGAGGAUCCUUGCUCCUGAGCGGAAAAUCGAGAAGCACGUGAGCAACUGGAUUUGGUCUCUCCUUGCUCGGCUUGACGAUGUUGGGAAUAUGACGAAUGACCAAGUCUACCCAUUGCGUGAGUUGGGCAAGAGAGCUGUCUUCUUGCAGUAUUCCAUCACCAGCCCUGAGGUGGCUGCACAACUGGAAGCUCUCGGCCAAAGCGGAUCAACAAGUCUGAGCGGAGAUGAGAUACUCUUGGAUGAUGUUGAGCACGUGGACGAGGCGCCAAAGCAGCCAGGUCCGAGCUCUUCGAUCAAAGAUCAGGACACAGCAACAGCUGCUCCCAACGCUAUGGACAAUACGCUGGCAACCCUGGACAUGAUUCUCGUUGUCGUCGGCGAGGUCUACGGACAGCGCGACUUGCUGGAAUUCAGGACUUCAUGGGAGGCCCCCGAUUCAAUCAAGCAUGAUCAUCAAGCAUGA